AGCUGGCCGUAGCUGCAUCACAAAUAUUUUCUGAAUUGUAACUUGUCUAUUUUACACUCAUCCUUAUCCCUUCAUAAGGCCUAUACAAAGAUGUGAACGCUUACAAGUAGCGUCACACCAAUUCAUUCUCUGGCUCUUUAUUUGGUUCUCUGCAUCUCUUUGCCUCUAUCAUUACUCUUACCAAAAAUCCAUGGCUGCAACAAUUACUAUUGCCAGUGAUUUCUCAGAACAACCUUCUGUCCAUUCAACCAAAGCAGUCACUAUCAAAUCAUUGUCUGAAUCUGGCCUCAAAUCUUUACCUUCCUCUUUUGCCUCAAAAAAUCUUCAUGAUCUUUCAGUUCUGGACUCAUCAGAAGACGCAAUUCCCAUCAUCGACUUUUCUCUCCUUUCCUCAGGCAAUCCCAACCAAAGGUGCAAAGCCAUCCAAGAUCUUGGCCAGGCUUGUGAAGAAUGGGGCUGCUUCUUGUUGAUCAAUCAUGGUAUGCCAGAAAGCCUGAUAAACAGCAUGAUGGAAGGGGUGAAAGGAUUUUUCGAUCUCUCAGAUGAGGAAAAGAAAGAGUUUCAAGGGAAGCACAUUUUUGAUCCUAUAAGAUGUGGCUCUAGUUUCAAUACUGCUGUAGAACAAGUACACUGCUGGAGGGAUUUUCUCAAAGUCUUUGUGCAUCCAGACUUCCAUUUCCCUCAUAAACCUGCUGGAUUUAGUGAUGCUGCAUUUGAGUAUUUCAAAAGAAUCAGAGAAAUCAUAAGGGAAUUAUUGAAAGGUGUGUCAGAGAGUUUGGGAUUGGAACCAAACUACAUAAGUAAGGCUAUGAAUAUGGAGUCCAGCUUUCAACUAUUCAUUGCAAAUCUGUACCCUCCAUGCCCAGAGCCUGAACUUGCGUUGGGGCUCCAUCCUCACUCUGAUCAUGGCUUCCUCACUAUAGUCUCAGAAAAUGGCAUCAACGGCCUUCAGACGUUGCAUAAUGGCAAUUGGGUCAAACUGAAUGCUCCUCCCAAUGCUCUAAUGGUUAACACUGCUGAUCUUCUAGAGAUUGUGAGUAAUGGGAAGUACAAGAGCAAUGUGCAUAGAGCAGUACUGUACAGCAACGCUACAAGGAUAUCAAUGGUGACAGCAAAUGGUCCAUCAUUUGACCAACUUGUCGGCCCAGCACCAGAGCUUGUCAAUGAAACUCACCCACCGGCCUACACUUCAAUGGCAUAUAGGCAAUUCUUUGAACUUUAUCAAUCAAAUUCACUCGAUAAGAAGAGUGCAUUGGACCGCGUUCGCAUUCCGACAUAGAUCACCUUGCAGAACCAACCAUCUACCAUAAGCAAUUAAUGUACUCUGUAAGAUAUGAGUGAUUAUAUGUAUCAAAAUGUGUGUGUGUGUGUGUGUGUUUGUCUGUAAUUCUCAUCUAUCAACUGCUUGAAAAUUAGUAAACCUUUUCUUCUUAUGAAUGUCUUAGCCACAUGGCAUUAUUAG